UUCUUGCCUGAACAAUCUAUCGACCAUCUAUCGUGAACAGUAAACAAAAUAAAAAUUGUUGUAAACUCAGUUAAGAGUAACUUAAACAAUCAUUUACAUCUGUGCAACGUCAUCCGAUGGACAUUAUAAACAAGAUGCCCUUUGAUGCAAGUAAAUGUCGUGUUUGUCUAAGCGAAUUCGACACCAGCGCCAUGCAAGCACUUUUUACAAACAAUAAGGAAGUCGAUAAACCCAAUGCUGAUGCAGGAGAUGAAGAACCGGAGGACACCAAUAAUGACAAGCAACCUUUGAGUAGCAAAAUUGAGUACUGUUGUGGAAUUAGGAUUCGUCAGGCGUCGCACUUACCAUCCAAAGUCUGCGAGAGAUGUUGUGAUUUUAUAAGCAUGUGGUUCAGCUUUCGGCAGAUGUGUCUGAAUUCGCAGGUGUACUUGGAGAGUACGUAUAUCCAUGAUGAGAAACCCAACGAUCUAAUCGAUGCCAGCGACACAGAAUAUAUGGAAUAUCUAUAUGAGACGUUGCAGUUGGCAACACUGGAUCGCUGCCAAACGAGUGAAGCGCUCCAAUCUGGCGACUCUCCAGAGAUAGAGAGUGAUUAUGUUGUGGACUAUGACGAGGAAAACUACGUAGCUGACGCAAUGCCCUCCGUUGAGCAGGACGAUUGCUCCAAAAAUAAUAUGCAAGAAAUACUAACUGAACUGGAGACAUACGAAGCAAAUGAGGACGUACCAAUCGAAGUCGAACCAAGUCUGAUUUAUGCAGAUGAAGGUCAAGCAGCUGAAGUUGACUUACCGCUUAAAGUGGAGGAUUGUGAGGUAGAUUAUUGCGAGGACAACGAUGAUUUUCUAUCACCAACGCCCUCGCCUGAACCACAACCAAACAACGCAACGGUCAAACGCAAACCAGGCCGCCCACGCAAAUCAGACAGUGAGCUUAAAUCGAAACGAAAGAACAAAAGCGAUGCACACUCUAGAAACGAGCACCCAAGCGAGGAUGUGCCCACAAAAUACAUAUGUAAUCUCUGUGGCAAUGUGUAUCCGAAGAAGGCUGCAUUUACAGCCCACAUGAUGGCACACACCGACUACAAGCCGCAUCAAUGCGAAAUCUGUUGCAAGUCUUUUCGCCAAAUGGGCGAACUGCGCGCGCAUAUUCGACGUCAUACUGGAGAACGACCCUACAAGUGUUCGUACUGUGAUCGUCACUUUUAUGACCGUAGCGAAAAGGUUCGACACGAACGAGUGCACACUAAUACGAGGCCGUAUGAGUGCAAGGAAUGCGGCAAAACCUUUACGCACACGGCUAUAUUGAAAAAUCACAGUUUGGUUCACUCUGGCGAGAAGAACUUCAACUGCAGCGUUUGCUCCAAGUCGUUUACCCUACUGCACCAGCUGAAGGCACAUUUGCAAACGCUGACACACAGAAGCAAAGAGAAUCAAUCUUUUACCAGCUCCAGUAACUCCUAUAUACUUCACACUGAGUAAUUUAAGCUAGACUUCAGUUAUUAUAAAUAUAAUAUUAACAAAUCAUUUUAUCUAUACUGAACAUUUCGUACUGUCCCUAAUUUGUAGACAAACCAGUAUAUAUGGUAUAU